GGAAGAGACGACUCACCACGGGUGGCAGCAACCCAUGUGCUCCCUGCCCCGCAGACGCUGCGCAUCAACGUCUGCUACUGGAAGGAGAAGGUCCCUGGGGCUUAUGGAGUCUCAGCGAAUUUCCCCUGCUUCCUGGCCCUCUGCGCCCCCCACCACAUCUACGGGCUGCCCUCCAACGAGUACCCAGGACUGGUGAAGAUCUGCUGUCACUCUGGCAGCCCGGCAGACCCCGAGGAGCGUGACCGGCCGCCCGAGGCCUCGGCCCUGCCCGACAUCCAGAUCCUCCAGGACUUCGUCAGCAAAUACCUGCCAGGGCUGGUGCCGGAGCCAGCCGUGGUGGAGCACUGCAUGUACACGAACACCCCAGAUGAAGACUUCGUUCUAGAUCGGCACCCCAAGUUCAGCAACAUCGUCAUUGGGGCGGGGUUCUCGG